CCAGGGUCAUGGCAACUUUAAGUUUACUUGUUUGUGGUGAAUAUUGAUGUUUGUUGUUCUGAAAAAGUUUUGAUAAACAAUAAGAAACUUCAAUUAAAUCGUAAUUGUUGGGGUCGACAACAGAGCAAAUGAUAAUAAAGAGAAUAUAAAAAAUAAAGAAACGUCCAAGAUGACAGUUCAGCGGCUGACGGCGCUGCGAGCGCUCAUGGCUGCGCAGCCGACAGCUUUAUCAGCUUAUAUUAUACCCACAGCGGAUGCGCAUAACUCGGAGUACAUAGCGCCGGUGGACGCUCGCCGGGAGUGGAUAUCCGGGUUCACCGGGUCGGCGGGAACGGCCGUGGUGACGUCGUCGCACGCGCUCGUCUGGACCGACGGGCGGUAUUACACGCAGUUCGAGAAGGAAGCGGAUAUGUCGAUAUGGACUCUCAUGAAGCAGUCAUUACCCGACACUCCAACGAUGGAGAAGUGGUUGUCAACGAAUCUGACUGACGGUGCUGUGGUGGGGGUGGAUCCUCACACCUUCACCAGGGAUGAGUGGACUCCUUUGCAGGCAGCAUUAACGAAAGCCAACAUGCAGCUGAUCCCCGUGUCCAAGAACCUGGUGGACGAGGUCAGAGUCGAGAUGAACGACCCGCCUCCGAAGAGACCCCAUAACGAUAUCAUACCACUACCACUAAAAUAUACUGGUAAGGCAGCGGGGCAGAAGAUAAAAGAGCUAAGAGACAAGAUGGCCGAGAAGAAAGCUGCAGCGUUGGUGAUCACAGCGCUGGACGAGAUCGCUUAUACGCUAAACCUCCGCGGCUCCGACAUCGAUUACAAUCCGGUGUUCUUCUCCUAUCUCCUGAUCACUCCGACUACGGUCAUGUUGUUCACCGGCGAUGGUGAGCUGCCUUGCGAUGUGGUGGCGCAUUUGGAGGGAGAAGGAGUUGAGAGUUUCGACGGAGUGGCGUAUUGUGAUGUUGUGUCGCGGUUGGAGAAGUUAGCGAAAGAAUUGUCGGAAAGCGGUGAUGGGAAACAUCACGUAUGGCUGUCAAGUGAUGCUAGUGAGGCGAUACAUAGGGCCGCGUCUGGGCACGAUGUGUUGAAGAAGCCCUUGGACCUGAUAUCAGAAGUUUCUCCUGUUGCCUUGGAGAAGUUGAUCAAGAACGAAGUGGAAUUGGAGGGUUUCCGCCAGUGCCACAUUCGCGAUGGUAUAGCGGUGGUGCGGUUCUUCAAAUGGCUUCAUCAGACCAUCGACGCUGGUGGCAAGGUCACCGAGAUACAAGCUUCGGAUAAACUGCUAGAGUUUCGCAAGGACGAAGAGGACUUCAUGGGCCCAUCUUUCGAGACGAUAUCCGGCGCCGGCGCAAACGGAGCCAUCAUACACUACAGCCCGUCCAGGGAGGGGGAGCAGACGGUGAUCAACGCCGACGACAUGUUCCUGUUGGACUCCGGGGGGCAGUACAAGGAUGGCACAACGGACAUAACCCGCACGAGACACAUGAGCGGCAACCCUACUGAUGAGCAAAAGGGCGCGUUCACACGUGUUCUCAAAGGGCAGAUGAUGGUGGGCAGCGCCUUAUUCCCUAAGGGAGUUAAGGGCAACGUGCUGGACAGCUUCGCCCGGCGCGCGCUGUGGGACGUGGGGCUGGACUACGCGCACGGCACCGGCCACGGCGUGGGCCACUUCCUCAACGUGCACGAGGGGCCCUCCGGCGUGUCGUGGCGCCCCUACCCGCACGACCCCGGCCUCCGCCCCGGGCAGAUACUCAGCAACGAGCCCGGUUUCUACAAGGUCGGUGAGUACGGCAUCAGACAUGAGGACUUGGUGGAGAUCGUAUCCGUCACCAAGGAGUCUGAUCAUCCUAAGGCGAGGAAUCUCUUGGACGACUACGGCGGCCGCGGCGUGCUCGGCUUCAGCACCCUGACCCUCGUGCCCAACCAGAGGGAGAGCAUCGACGUUACCAUGCUGGAUGAGUUUGAGUUAUCAUACAUCAACGCAUACCACAAACGAGUGCUCGACACCCUGGGACCUAUACUGGAGAAGCGAGGUCUUCUAGAAGAUCUGGCGUGGUUGCAGAAGGAAUGCGUCGCCAUCAGCCGCGAAUAACUUUACUUAAUGUAAUGGAUGGUAAUUAUGACCGGCUAAGGAAGCGAAGAUUUUAUAUGUUCCAAUAUAUUAAUCAAUAAAUAUCUACUAACUCAA